UCCAAUUCUAUGCUUGGGCGGGCAAAAGCCGGCCAACAGGCACGAACUGCGCCGGCGUUAUCCUCCCCCUCCCACUUCUCACUGUCCACUCCAAGCAGCUAGUGGCCGUCUCCUCUUCCCCACUUCCCCAUGGCCACCUCCCACUUCCUCGCCGCCGCCGCCGCCACAUCUUCCUCCUCCGCCGCCUUCCGCCCCCCUCUCCGCUUCCUCUCCCUGCCGCCUCCUUCUCUAACCCUCAGCCGGCGGCGGCCGUUCCCGGUGGUCUGCGCGGCCGACGCCGACGCUAAAGAAACAACGAAGCCGAAGGUCCCGGAGAAGGCGCCGGCGGCGGGGUCCAGCUUCAACCAGCUGCUCGGAAUCAAGGGCGCCAAGCAAGAAGACAACAUAUGGAAGAUCCGUCUUCAACUUACUAAGCCGGUGACAUGGCCUCCGCUUGUCUGGGGUGUGCUUUGUGGAGCAGCUGCCUCUGGAAAUUUCCACUGGACAGCUGAAGAUGUUGCAAAAUCUAUUGUUUGCAUGUUAAUGUCUGGUCCAUGUCUUACAGGAUACACGCAGACAAUUAAUGACUGGUAUGACCGAGACAUCGACGCUAUUAAUGAGCCUUAUCGUCCUAUUCCUUCAGGAGCUAUAUCAGAAAAUGAGGUAAUUACUCAGAUCUGGGUAUUAUUGUUAGCAGGUCUUGGGUUGGGUGCUUUGUUAGACGUAUGGGCAGGGCAUGAUUUUCCUAUCAUUUUCUACCUUGCUCUGGGUGGAUCCUUGCUUUCUUACAUAUAUUCAGCGCCACCUCUCAAGCUCAAGCAGAAUGGUUGGAUAGGAAACUUUGCUCUUGGUGCGAGUUACAUUGGCUUGCCCUGGUGGGCUGGCCAGGCGUUAUUUGGAACUCUUACUCCUGAUAUUGUUGUCCUAACUACUUUGUACAGCAUAGCUGGGCUAGGGAUCGCUAUCGUAAAUGAUUUUAAGAGUAUCGAGGGGGAUAGAACUCUGGGACUUCAGUCACUCCCUGUUGCCUUUGGUAUGGAAACUGCAAAAUGGAUAUGUGUUGGAGCAAUCGACAUCACUCAAUUAUCUGUUGCAGCCUACCUCCUGAGCACCGGUAAGCUGUAUUAUGCCCUGGCACUAGUUGGACUGACAAUUCCCCAGGUGAUCUUGCAGUUCCAGUACUUCCUGAAGGACCCCGUGAAGUACGACGUCAAAUACCAGGCGAGCGCGCAACCGUUCUUCGUCUUCGGCCUGCUGGUUACUGCCCUGGCGACCAGCCACUGACGGACGGACCUCUGCUUUGGAUGAGGGGGCAUUUUGUACAACACAGAUAGUGGAAUAAAUCUGCAGCAACAACAUCAAGAACGCCCCCCUGAAUGCUGAAGAUGGAAACAUUAGGCGGUGGCUCUUUCCUUCUGCUGCCUUGCCUCUAGUGCGCGUAGACCGUAGGUGCACAGUGCCAGGUUGUUUGUUUGUGAUGUUAUCAGUUGGCUGUACAACGUAAUUUUGGAUGAUACGGUACGGUACGUUACUGUUUAUGAUCAGAUUGUUUCUCCUUUUUUUUAACACAUCAGAUUGUUUCUCCUGUAAAGUGCAUUUCGAUAAAGCCUUUCCUUCCGUUCCA